CAUUAUAUAUGUGGUGAAAUCAUCGUCAUCCGUGAAAUAAUAACCCGUUAAAAUUUCUGGGCACAUACCAUGACAUUUUGCACGUUCGAAACAUUUAAAGAGAGAAGAGGAAUACAAUAGAGCGAUAAAUGAAACAGGCGCAGCCCGUAGUCAUUGAAUGACGAAGAACUGUCGCAACCAGAUAUACCGCAAAAGAGCAAGUUGUAUUUGUGGAUGGGAGGUAAAGUUCGGCUACGGCGUGGCUUUCACGCUAGCCGUUUUCGAGACAAAGCGCCUCCUCGUGUUCGUCUUGGAGGUAUUCGCGGAAUGGCAGGUGAUUCGUUUCGCAGGUGGUUUCCAACCGGUCGUCCUUACCUUUGCGGACGUGAGUCUAGGAUUGCCAUGUGCCCUUAUUACCGUACGCACUAUACGCAGGCACGAAUCAUGGACUUUUCUAAAAACGAAACAGAUAUUAAGGUAUCUUUUGAUAAUGAUAGUUUUAUGCACCAUCAUGAACGCGACCACAUUAGCUUCGAUAGGGUGUCACAUUAGUGUAAGGCAGAAGACUUUGAUCAAUGUCUUCAAUGCCUCUAUGCAUCUGUACGCCACUGCCUCGUCAUACAAAUACGUGAUAGACGAGAUUCAAUUUAUAUUACAGUGCUGCGGUCACUCCUCUUAUACCGACUGGUUUCUCUUCGACUGGCAGUCUGUAGAUUACGCAUCUCAAGAAGAAAUGGCGGAACAAAACAGAAUCUCUGACGAGGAUUACAGGAGUCUCGGAGUCCCUUUUAGCUGCUGCAACUUGCAUGCUGAGGCACCUUGUAUGCACUUGGAGAUGACGGAUGACAAAACGAUAAACGUGAACGGCUGCGCGGAAGUCAUCAGUCCCAUUCUUCUUAGAAUCGUCAUAGUCGCUUAUGUCAUGACUAUCACUUUAAUCAUUAUACAAGUGUUAUUGGCCUUUUUAAUUACUAGAAUGAUCUAUAGAGUUGUCCCUCUGCAAAUGACCUUUCCUCAGGUAAGAUGUUCCACUAAGCCAUUCACUAUUGUGAAUACAUCAAGGACCUAUGUGUCACGAUUUUCUUCUCUUAAGAAAUCUACUAGGUACAAAAAGUCGAAUAUGCAAUGUCACUCGUUAAUGAUGAGAAACACAUUCAUUAAGAAGAAGCGCAUCAUUAAAUCGCCCAAGAUAAAACGCAAAUAUCCUAGUCUGAAUUACGGAAAUUGGUAAGAAAUCCUUUUAUAAAAAUAAAAAUAG